AUGCUGAGUGGGCAGCUGGUCGUACGCCUGUUCUCCAUGGCCAGCCGUGUUUGCAUGUCCCGGGGCAGCGCGGGAUCAGGGGUCAUCGGUCCCGUCGAGGCUGCCAUUCGCACGAAGUUGGAGCAGGCCCUGAACCCCGAAGUGCUGGAGCUGCGUAACGAGAGCGGCGGCCACGCUGUCCCACCGGGCAGUGAGACCCAUUUCCGCGUGGCGGUGGUGAGCUCUCGCUUUGAGGGACUGAGCCCCCUACAAAGGCAUCGUUUGGUCCAUGCGGCGCUGUCAGAAGAGCUGGCUGGGCCAGUCCACGCCCUGGCCAUACAGGCGCGGACCCCCGCCCAGUGGAGGGAGAACCCUCAACUGGACACGAGCCCCCCCUGCCUAGGUGGGAGCAAGAAAAGUCGAACCUAA